AGAGAUCCAAAGGGUUUGGAGAGAUGGAGGGAGAGUUGAUGGAGGCAGAUAUAGUGGUGCCUUGGCGUUUGAGCUUUAAGAAGAUUCAAGCCUUUGAUAAGUACCCCAAAGGCCAGUCCACCCGAAGGUGGAAACACCUCAAGCAGAUUCUUCAAGCUGAGAAUUUCCACGACUCUUCUCCCGACCUACCCAAUUAUGUUAACAUUGAGUCGCCUCCAUCCACUCAACCAUGCAAGCGAAUUUGCGAUAUUACUGGAUACGAGGCACCCUAUGUUGACCCAAGGACUAAUCUCCGGUAUGCGAAUGCCCAUGUUUUCAAGACUCUCAGGUCACUUUCUCCCGACCAAGUCCACCAGUAUCUCUCCAUUCGCAAUGCUGCUGUUGUUCUCAAGUAGCACCUUUCACGAUCUUUUCUUUUACUUGUUUCUUACUUUUGUAAACCCAACAAACAAACAUGUUUUGAUCCUUAAUUCUUGUUAUUUAUGGUCUUAUAAUUAGGAGAUAUCUAUCUUGUAUCAAUGAUCUUUUGUGGUAUACUAGAACAGAGUUUGAUUUC